AUGACAACGAAAGCAGAAAUUGACACUGAAAUUAUACCAAGCACCAAACCAGAAUUAAGCGAGUUCAUAGAAGGGACGGUCAAUGUUGCUAAUAACGCAUUAUCAUCUAUUGUUCCGAUACUCGGCAUUGUCACCUCUUUAAUAAAUGAUAUAUUUGCAAUCCACGAGAAUGCACAAUUCAAUAAGAAGAUGUCUCGAUCUAUAAUUAGCCGCAUUGCAUCCGUCGAAACAAUCAUAAAAUCUUUAAAAUCACCUGCCAAAUAUAGAGAAAAAUUACAAGUCUUGCAACAUCAAGAAUCAUUUGUAAAAUUUCAAUCUACUUUGAGUAAGAUUAAAAUAUUUGUAGAAACAGUGACACAGUUAAGGGCAUUUGAGACAUUUUUGCGUGCUACAAGCAUAAAGAAGAUGUUUGUCGAGUUGAUGAAAGAGUACGAAGCUU